AUGAGGUACUGGCCAACGACUGCACUUGCAGAAGCAGCGAUCUCCCAGCUUUCCGCACCACCACCAUCGCCGGCAGCUCCCGUCGCCGCCACCGACAACAUACCGGCCACGGACGCGGACGACGGCACCGACGACGCGUCAACCACGGUCCUAAUCAUCUGCCUCUCCAUGGUCGUCACCGGCGUCGCCCUCCACACCGCCAUCCGCUUGUUCCUCGAGAAGUACCGGGCGAACCGCGAGAGGAGCUGGGAGCUGGAGAAGGCCGCGGAGCUGAGCGCCGCCGUCGCGUCGGUGACCUCCACGGUGGCGCACGGGGGCGGCGAUGCGGCGGCAGAAUGUGCGAUUUGCUUGGCGGAGUUCGAGGAAGGGGAGGAGAUCAAGGUCCCGGGGAACUGCCGGCACGGGUUCCACGGCCGGUGUAUCGAGCGGUGGUUCGCCGCUUCUCGGAGCUCCUCGUGCCCGACUUGCCGCCGGUCGAGCCUGCCCCCGACGACGACGCUCCCGCCGGCAGUGGUCUCCUCACCUAUCACCGCCGGCGGCGGUGGGUGA